AUGGCCGACGACAAGGUACGGCAGCGCAAGCCGCAAGCCGCUGCUGAGGAGGACGACGACAACCUCUUUGCCGGCACCCCGGCCGAGAACUCGAGGGGCGCCGCCGCCGCCCCGUCGAAGAAGAAGAAGAAAUCCAAGAAGGCCGACGAUGGCGCGGAGGAGUACAGCCCGUGGCUCGACAUCCUGCGCGUCAUCAGCUUCCUGGCCCUCGCCUCCUGCGCCCUGAGCUACCUCAUCAGCAACGGCGAGAGCUUCUUCUGGGGCUUCAAGAACAAGCCGUGGUAUCUGAAGGUGGACUACUGGAAGUCCAAGCUUAACGGCCCCAUCGAGCUCACCCCCGAGCAACUCCUCGCCUACAACGGCUCCGACCCCGAGCUGCCCAUCUACCUCGCCAUCAACCACACCAUCUUCGACGUCUCCGCGAACCCGCGCAUCUACGGCCCCGGCGGCUCCUACAACGUCUUCGCCGGCCACGACGCCUCGCGCGGCUUCGUCACCGGCUGCUUCCUCGAGGACCGCACCCCGGACAUGCGCGGCGUCGAGGACAUGUUCCUGCCCCUCGACGACCCCGAGGUCGACCGCCACUGGAGCUACGACGAGAUGCAGAAGAAGAUGGCCGAGGAGCGCGCCGAGGCACACCGCAUGGUCGAGCAGACGCUCAAGCACUGGGUCGACUUCUUCAGCAAGAGCGACAAGUACAUCAAGGUCGGCCGCGUCAAGAGGGAGGAGGGCUGGUUGGAGAAGGCGAAGCCGCCGAAGCUGUGCGAGCAGGCGGCCAAGGGACGGGUUAAGAGGAAGAUCCCCGGGCAGGAGGAGCAGAAGUAA